AGAAAAAGGUCGCGAUUUUCCAGCUGGUUCUGCUGCUGCUGAGGGGAGAGAGAGCGGGCGUAACAUACACAUUUCUGGAGAAGAUGUGGGAUGACGUAGAGUUCCUUGGUAGCGAUGCCACAGAAACAUUGAAUGUAGGAGCUCAAGAAUAUGGGAGCUCCUUCUAUCAAGUGAACACAUUGGUUCAGAUCUCUUCCUCAGAAAAGGUUUUGUCUGACCCAACGUUACAGGCCUCUAAUCUGAGCGACGGCUUCACCUUGGUAGCGGACAAGUCAGUGGUGGUGCUUGAUACGUGCCACUCUCCUCGGAUGUUGAGUCAGUUUGAGACUGAAGUUGAUAUCAUUGGCUUGUGCCAAGAAGGGCAUUUUCUGGUCGUUGGUGAGCGAAGCGGCAACUUGCAUCUUAUUCACGUGCCAUUGAGGCAAUCCUUGUUAACUCGUAUGCUGGUUCAGACGUCUUCAAAUGACAGAACUUACCUGAGUCUCCAUCUAGAAAAAGAUAGCACUGAUAAAGAUACCUAUCAUGCAUUUAUUCUCACCAGGAAUGGGGUCUUCUGUAUUAUGCACCUCCCUUUUGGUAAAACUCAGAAAGCAAUUGAUAUCCAGGACUUCAGUACAGCAAAAAAGCUACAAGAGCAGGUGGAAACAUGUUUCAUUUCUCUGGAAGAGUAUCAUACUGCUGGCUGUCUUACUUCUGUGAUUAGACGCACAGCAAGCAAAAUUACUUUGGUGAUAGGGGGCUUAGGUGACUGUGUGAUAUCUGUGUGGGAGGCAGAUCCUAAUAAAAAACUGAUCUCUCUUCAAACUGUUCUUGAUUCAAGCAUGGUCAACGCUGUAAAACAGCUUCAGUGUGUAGAUAAUUUGUUGUACGUCUUGAAUGAUGAGAAUGUCUUAAGCAUGUGGGAUGUUUACUCGUUCGUUAUGAUUUGGGAUCGGCCUUCGGUUCACAUUGAAGAAUUUCUUCUGAUCCAGGGGAGUCUCAGUGAUCAACUGGUCGCAUUGACGGAACCUGAUGGUGACAAACAGAUGAGGAACAUUGUGGUUUUUACACUGCCUGCCCUGCACCAACUCUACUCUUUGGAAGUAAUGAACAUUUCUACACUGGUUCAAAGUGGAAUAAAUACAGAUACGAUAUACUUUUUGGAAGGUAUCUAUGAAAAUAACCAAAAGUCUUCAGAUAUUCCGGUCUCAUUUCUGGUAAUGAGGUGCUUAACAGAAGCUGCUCCUGAGGACAGACUGAGUCGUUUACUUCGCAAGCGUAAAUUUACUGAGGCUGAGAGUUUUGCUCUUCAUUUUGGACUAGAAGUUGAGCUUGUUUAUAAAAUGAAAGUGAGCUCUGUUUUGGAAAGAUUGACUUCAGAAUCUCUGGACCAUGAUGGACAGUCAUCCAGGCAAGACCUUGUGGCUCAAGCGAAAGAAAACUUAAAUAAAAUAAAGGAUAACCAGUUUGUGGUUGAGUGCUGCAUAAAUACCCCUUGGCCAACAUAUGAAAUAGCACACGAAAUGCUCAACUACGCAGAAAACAGGGUCUCCAACAGAGAUGUCGCAAUCAUUGCCUCUCGUGCUAACAGGAAUUCAGCAUCUCUUACAAUGGUGCUGCAGGCCCAAGCAAGGCUGACAACUUUUUAUGGAGCUUUUGGUCCAAAAAGAUUCAGUGGAUCCACUUGGCUAACGUUUCUGAACAAUGAAGACGUCUUUGAGGACAUUCUUUUACAGCUGACAGAAGGAAAUCUCUUUUCUGCGUCCUAUCUCUGGAAAAGACAUCAGGGAGACUUCACAGAACGCUUUAGUGUGGAAAUGCUUGAGAACCUGCUUGACUCAAUCUCUGCAACCAUUUCCCGCAAGGAGCUCUGUUUGUGGUUUAAAGAUGGGAUCAUGCCUUUCAUAAAUCUGGCUUUGCCUCAAGGACAGAAAAUAAUAGCAAAAUGGCUGGAACAACAAGCCCGAAGUCUUGAGUUAACUGACAAGGCCAACUGGCCAGAAAAUGGACUUGAAAUGGCCCAGAUGUUUUUUACCAGUAAUCCAGAUAGAGCCAGAAUGGGGUCUUCGUUGUGCUGGACUCUCUGGGAGGUCCGUCACUUGGCAAAACUCAUCCGAGAUCUACGAGCCUUGAUAGACCUUCACAGAAAGUACAACUGCAAGCUGACUCUCUGUGAGAUUGAGAAGGAAAAUGCAACUACAAUAGCGUUCCGUAUGUUUGAUAGAGUUUUGGUGGCAGAACUCAUUCCAGCAGCUUUACAGAAAUUUAUUGAACCCUAUAUGUGCCAACAUGAUCUACAAAAAGAUGAAAUUCUCUUGCAGUAUAUAAAGGACUUGCUGGAGCGGUACUGUACGCGGUUGACGUCUGUCUUUUGUCCCACGUGGGAAGCAAGGGCUAUUGCUGUCUUGGGCUGCAUGUCUAACACAGACCUGAAGUUUGAAGGGGUGCUGGCAAUCAUGCAUAGCACCGUGGUUCCCUGGAGUCCGGGAGUAGAACAAUUGGUGCAGCAGUACCUCGGAAUGGAUCAUGCCAAGGUGAAGCUUCUGCAGGAGGGUUACCAGCUGAUGGAAAUGAAGACAGUUCUGCUAAAGUACGGCAUAAGAAACACCAGUUUUUUAAAUGAUAAGCAGGAUAUGCUGAGGGUGGCACGGUACAUCGUUAAACGGGGUACCUCUUCGUCAUUAGAGGAUGCUUUGAAAAUAGCAAAAGUGUAUAUGCUGCCUACUACAGAAAUCUAUGUAGUGAGGAUAAUGGACCUUAUUGAUCAAGACAAGGGAGAAGAAGUCCUAGACGUGUUAAUAUCUUUGCCUCAUACCGAAGCGGUGGAAAUGGCAGAAAGAACGUUGAUCCGUGGGAAGCUCUUAUUGGAGCACAAAAUUCCUGACUUUGAAGAGCCAAAAAUGCAGCUGUCCGUGAAAAAGAUGGUUGUGAACAUCCUCAAGUUCUUACUGAACAUUCAGAAAGAAAAUCUUGUGAAAAAAGCAGAAUAUGAAACAGAUUUAGAAGUGUUUAAAACUCUUGUUACCUUGCAGGAGAGUUUUGAUAUCACAAUUUCAGCCAAGGAUUAUGAGAAUCCAAUACUAAGAUCUCAGCUGCUUGAAGACCAUAUUAAAGCUUAUGGGAAAACACAAGAAGAUGAUGCCUGUUCGAAGGACAGCCACGCAAAGAAACCGCUGUCAGAGUUCAGACUUUACAGACUGGCUUCACUUCUUCAACAGGAUGAGUUGAAAUUGGGGUCAGAGCUGGUGCUGAAAGCGUUGGAUGCCAGACAAGUUGAAGAGGCACUCAAGAUAUGCAGGGAUUUUUAUGAACGUCACCGCAACGAACAAGCAGGAGAGUUGCUGUUUUUAGCAAGUCAAAAGCUCUGUCAUACGUUUGAUCUCAAUAGCAUGACAGUCACAUAUGAAGGAUUAAGUCUUCCAGAGGUGGUCCACAGCACGGCGUGCCAGGCAGCUACAAUCUGCGGCAGCGAUCUCUUAUUAGAUGCAGUAGAGCUUUGCAGAUAUACGAGGUCUGCCUGUGAAAUUUAUGACAAGUGCCAAAUGGAAGACACUGGAGUUAUAUCAAAGACAUCACUUUCUGGAGCUGAGAAAGACCCAUACACGGAGUGGGCUUUUGAUUAUUUUUUCACUGAAGAUGGAGCAAUCCUGGACCCACCUGCUGUACUUCCUGUUGCAUAUGAAAUUGCUUCGAGAAUGCUGCCUCUCGCCGGGAAAAACCUCUGCUUGCCCCUUGGCACCCCGAUGUCUGUCCUGCUCGACAACCUGCAAGAAUGUAGUCAACAUGAACUGAGCUUGAGGCUGAUUAAUACCUCUUUGGGGUCUGUCGUUCAGCACAUAGCAGGGAACAUUGUGGAUAUCGACCUGGCUGAAAAGCUGCAUAACCAGGAAACAGUACGAGAUGCCAUAGGAUCUCUCACCACAGUGACGCAUUAUUCGGAGUCAAAGAUUAAAGAUAAUGUGAUGGCCCUCCUGCACAAGGUUUUCCACAGUCGCCACGUAGACCGCAGUCUGGCAGGAGGCUACUGCUCCUUAUUGCGCAAAGAAUCGUUCUAUGAAUACCUCUGGGACACGAUCAAUAAAACUUGGCAAAAUUACAGCAAGGUUCUGUCAGUUGCCUUUGUUGGAGCACAACUUGCCAGUUGGUAUGAUGAUGUGGAAGAAAAGCAGAGAUUUGAAGAAUUAAUGAAUGAUGCUGAAUGGGGCAAAGAACUUGGAAAACUUAGAAUCUCUUUCCAGGAUGUAUUUAGAACACCAUCAAUAAGGAAGAAAGAGCUUCUGAGGACUUUGGUUCAGAAUCCACAUGUGAAAACAGAUCUCAUAUUAAAAUAUUGCAGGUCUUUCCAGUUGGACAGUGACACAGCCUUGCAGCUUUAUAUCGAAGCACUUCUCCAAAACGCCAGCGCAAGUCACGUUGAAGAGGAAUCUAUGGGGGAUGCUGGGAAGCGACCGCCUGCCUCAGUCGUGGCUAGAGCCACAGAGAUCAUCCCCUUGUUGAGAAACACCAACAGCUUGGUUAUAAGCCUUAAUGCCAUGUUGUACAAGCUUGAUCCGUAUGACUACGAAACUAUUGAAAGUCUUCUGAUGAUUAUAGAGAAAGCUGGUGGGGAAAUACCAAACGUCCCGCUGAAUCAAGCCCUGAUGCUGAUCGAACACUUAAAAUCCUACAGAAGGACUUCCACUCCUGGAGACCCGGAACAUCAGUAUGCGUUCAAACGGGCUAUUCCUUUAUCGCCAGCUGCUCAAGCCAGGCUGCCCUUCCACUUGAUCUUCUUCAAAACUUCACAGUGUUUCUGGAAAAUAAUUACUCCAGAACUGAAUGAGGAAUCAUUCCCAAAGGUUUUCUUGAUCUCCAAAAUCGUGAAGGUCCCGCUGGACACCCUCUACAUGUGUGCAGCUAACCGUGCGUUCCAAGAAAGGCUGAAGCCUAAAAUAUUGGAACAGAUGAGAAGAGGAUCUCGGCUGGUGGCCGACAAGGAAACCACUGCAAUCGUCAGUGCCAUUCAGUCUUACUUGCUCUGUAUAACCAACCUGGAAAGGUCUGCGGCACUGGCUCACACAAUAGCAAGAGACCUCCAAUCAGGCCCUAUCAAAGUUGAGAUACUGAAAUUCUGCAUCUCUUUGGCUGAAAAAUGGCUGGCUCAUAAAGAUGUGCAGGAGGAAUCUCGAGAAAAGGCUCGGCUAUUUCUGCAAAAGAUACAGGUGGAAUACCGGAAACGGGCCACGGAAGCUGUGCUCAUGGCCCACAAGCUGAACUCCGAGGAGCACUGGCAGCUGACUGGCAAGCCUGCCAGACUGGUGGUGCUGCUCUACCAGCACAGCACCAUCACUGAGAGGUUUCAGAAUCCGGCUGGCAACGAUUACCCAGAUAUUCAUGCCGCUGCAAAAGAAAUAGCCAAAAUUAACAAUCUGGAUAUGAAGAAGAUUUGGGACACACUGCUGGAAAAAUGGCUGUGUUCAGACGAAGCACCCACAGACAAGAGAACUUCAGAGAUGGUUGAGAAGACAGAAGACGAAGCCUUCAAGAGACUUGUGUAUGUCCUGCAGCUGCAGCCAGCAGAUAAAGGAUUCAGGAUCCUUUACGAAUGUGCAGUGUCUACAACAUCUCCUAUUGGGGUACACCAGCUGACGUUUGCUCACAGAAGCAUAGCCCUCAAGUGCCUGAUCUACUUGGCUGACAGUUCUACGGUCGAAUUGCUCUUCAAAAAGCCCAUUGAGGCAGUAAGGAUUUUCCUGAAAACCUUAAUUUACCUUUCUGAAUUUGAAAUCCUCAACAUUCCAUACACCUACGAAUCAUUCCACAAGGCUCCCAAGGAAGGCGUGGUCAAAGGAUUGUGGAAAAACCAUAGUCAUGACCCCAGGGCAGUGAAACUAGUGACUGAGCUGAGUUUGGAAUAUCAGGUGUGGGACGCUCAGCUGUGGAACGGUCUGCUGCAAAAGCUGCUCGAUUUCAACAUGAUUGAUUAUUUGAGGAAAGUGUUGAUAGCGAUUACGGGGAUCCCUUCGUUAUUUCAGAUUCCAAACUUCAGCCGAGCUUGGCAGAACGUCAUUCUCGCACCAUUUCAUUCAGUUUCAUGUCCACCGAGUCCUAGUGAACGGGAGGCAUGUUGUGCAUCUUUUGAAGCUCUACUACAGUGUCCUGUCGUGGGUCAUCUAGAUGUAAUUGCGAUUGCAAAAAAGUUCAUGGCGUCACAGCUGCUGGCUCUGUCUUUGGGGUGUCUCUGGCUGAUCCCUCAGCCGGAGAAGAGAGAUCAACAGAUUGAAGGCUUUUUGGCCUCUCACCAGCCGGAGAAGAUCCUGCACCAAAUCAAGGAGCACACGGGCCACCGCGGACUAGCUUGCUUUGCUCCUGAGAUCAGAUAUUUGGUUCUAGAGUCCGCGAUGAAAGGCAAAUGCUUUGUGGGCACAGAGUACCUUCCUUACCUGAAGCUACAAGAGAUGGGGGCUGACAGACUGAAAGGGCUGGUAAAAUACCUGGCCGAUGAGAACAGGAUGGAUGAUGCAGCAGUCCUAAUAAAGGAAUAUCUUAAGGAAUCCGGAAAUCCUGUAUCAGACCAGUCAUCAUUGGAUGUUGUAAAGGUAGUAAACUUUUUUUUAAUCAAUAUGCCACAUACGUUUGAAAGCCCCAUUGGAAAGUAACGGGGACAUCUUCCUUUAGAUUUCCUAUGCUAUAUUGUGAAUGUGUUGCCAGUAAAUCAGUCCUGAAAUACAAUUCUUUUUCAGUACUGUAUAGUGACUACUUCAUAUACAUCAGUUACUUUUACAGAA